AUGGACGCCAACGUCGAACGAGAGGACCCUCUAUGGAGGAAGGUCCUCUCGAAGGUCCUUUCCAAAAUUAAGGCCAAGUUUUCAGCCACGGCAAAUGCCCACCAAAACCGCAUACGUCGGCAGAAAGCAGUGGUUGCACUUUUGACUCACCGUUUGCCCUUUAUAAAGCUUGCUCUCUUUUUGUUGGGAUAUGUGUGGAUGCUCAGCAUUCCUUCAACGCCCCUGUCAAUGAACACCUACAUCGACGAAAACGCACUACAACCAGCCCAGGUUAGCACGUACUGGAAUUGGGGUGAUGUUCACGCCGCCGAUAGAUACCUUGAACAACUAGAAGCUUUGAAACAUGCAAAUGCUACUAGCAUUGAUCGUGCUCAAGUCCUCCGAAAAGAAUUUAGCAAACUCGGCCUCUCCGCGUCAACCCAGGAAUAUUCGUUCUCGUUAAGCUCAGGAGUUACCAGAGGGGCCAAUGCAUAUGCAGUAAUAUCAUCACCUCGGGGUUCCGGGACUGAAGCAAUGGUGGUAAGCGCUUCCUGGGCAAGCCUUACAGAUGAAGGCGACGGAAUGCUGAAUCUGCGUGGGAUAUCUACGGUACUCGCGUUGGCUGGAUUCCUCAAACGUUAUUCUCUCUGGGCAAAGGACAUUGUUUUUGUCAUUAGUGAUGGGCAUCUUGAUGGUAUGCACGCGUGGCUUAGCGCAUACCAUGGUUCAACGCAACAAAAUCUAGUGGCCGAAGAGUUAAAGAUCUCCUCUGGAGUAAUCUGGGCAGCUCUUAACAUCGACUACCCCGGUCACUCAUUCUCUCAUUUGGGAAUCUUUUUUGAAGGGAUCAAUGGUCGCCUGCCCAACCAAGACCUCUUAAACUCGUUUGAAAGAAUUUCUCGCUACACAGGCGGCGUCCCUGUGACCGUUUACGACCAUCUCCAUCCUCAAGAGGACACGAUAAACAAACAAGGAAAAACCUGGAUCCCGUCAAUGAUUCGCAAUCAUCAAGGCGUUAUAUCCUAUGCAUAUCACGCAAGGAAUGUUGUUCGGCAUUUAAAAUACCAAGCUCGGGGUCGCGCCAGCGGUGUGCAUGGGUUGUUCCAUCAAUUUCGGAUAGAUGCAAUAACGAUUUUUGCCGUUCCUUCCACAGGACCGCAUGGAUUUCAUGCAAUAGGAAGGGUCGUCGAGUCUACCCUCCGGACCAUGAACAACCUAUUGGAGCGUCUACAUGCGUCUUUCUUUUUCUUUAUCUUAACUGGUCCCGAACGGUUCAUUAAAAUAGGCGGUUACUUACCAAGUGCCAUACUUAUUAGUGUCGCGAUGAUGUUUCAAGGGCUGGGUACGUGGGUCGACGCUGCCUGGGUACUCGACGAUUCCGAGGAGUCUUCGCAAACGAGGGAGAAAGCUUCAAACAGCCCGUUGAAAUGGAGGAAGAGACGAAGGCCUGUGAUACCCGCUUUGUUGAUCAUGGCUGCAACCCACACAUUUGGUGGCUUGCUCUUCUUCAUACUGACUAGAUCGUGGUUCAUGAAGAGCUGUCAGAUUCUUUCACCAACACUAUUCAUAUUCUUUGCCAUCAUACCCCUGUUGACCCUCACUAUAUCCAAACCAACAUCUGAAAAUGCCCCUCUGCCAACCGUUUUGAAAGCACUCAACCUUUGCUUUGCAUCCACGGUUAUCUCCAUCACAGCUGUGCUCAACUUUUCCCUUGCGGUCUUCUUCUCCGUGUUGCUGGGUGUCCCGCUUGCGAUCACUUCGUCGUCCUCAGCAGCGCCCAUCCGCGCUCUGAGAUACGCAGCCCAUUUACUCUUGGGUUUUGGUUGGCUCUUUCUUGGACAGGAAGAAAUGAAGGCGGCAAUUUUGAGUUGGGAAGUUCUAUCGGUGUGGUUUGCACCAGUUAUUUGCCUCGUUUAUGUGCCGCUGGUUUUGCAGGCUAGUAUUGUAUGUAUCUUACCAUCGUGUUCAUAA